AUGGCGGAGGAGGAGGUCAGCUACGCUUCAGUUGUAUUCAAAACUAACAAGCGUUCCCCACCUGAAGCUAAUAAGGAGGAGGAAACUGUGUACAGCGAUGUGAAGGUGCGAAGCAAAACAACCGAAAAGACUGCUGACACAAACAGACUUUUGCCAGACAAGAAAACAAACAGCAGAGGUCGCUGCUAUCAGCAGGUGGCUUGUUGUUUGGGGAUUCUUUGUGUCAUUUUGCUGUUGGGCAUCAUAGCAGUCUGUGUCUACAAAAACCAGAACCUGACAUCACAAAAAAUGAAGCUGGAGUCACAGAGGAAAAACUUAACGGAACAGAUACGGAACAUGGAGACAAAGUGGAAUGAGCUCAACGUCAGUCGAGCUCAGUGGAGCAUUGAUGGGAACAAUCUGACAGUCCAGUUGGACAACCUGACACAAGCCUAUACUGUCUUAAAAAGCAACAUCACAAACUUGUCUGCAGAAAACCAGAACCUGACAUCACAAAACACCAAGCUGUCUGCAGAAAACCAGAAUGUGACAACACAAAACGCCAAGCUGACUGCAGAAAACCAGAACCUGACAUCACAAAAAAUGAAGCUGGAGUCACAGAGGAAAAACUUAACGGAACAGAUACGGAACAUGGAGACAAAGUGGAAUGAGCUCAACGUCAGUCGAGCUCAGUGGAGCAUUGAUGCCUACUGCCCAAAACCACAAAACCAAAACAGACAGUGUAAAGCUUGUCAGGAUGGCUGGUCACCCUCCCAGUCCAGCUGCUAUGGGAUUAAUGACCCUGAUGAUUCUGGUCAGAAAACCUGGGAAGAAGCUCGAGAAAACUGCAGAGGAAAGAUUUCAGAUUUGGUUGUUAUAGCUGAUCAAACGGAGAAGACAUUCAUCAGUAAUAAAAGUUGGGGCAGUUCAGGAACCAGUGGAUACUGGAUUGGUCUGAGAGCUGAAGAUGGGAAAUGGAAGUGGGUCAAUGGAAGUGUUCUGACUGAAAACUCCUGGAUACAACAACCUGCUACCAACGGUCAGUGUGUAAUUUCUGUCCAGAAAGAAGGAUGGAAAUCAGUGAGCUGUGGUGCCAGAAACAGAUGGAUCUGCAAAAAGAAGGCUUUAUCUCUUUAAACACUGCAGUCAUACUUGAGAAGGUUACUGGGGACUCUGUAAAGAUUCAU